AUGACGUCCGAGCCAAACGCCGAAAAGGCACAAGCCACCGAUCCACCAAUCACCGCCACUUCGACUUCGCAGACGUCCACCACAUCUUCGUCAACACCACAGAAACCCGUCCCCUUAGGGCGCAAACUUUGCACCUUCCUAACAUGGACCCCGCCACGAUGUCGGUGGGACCCCGCCAAACCACCCCAAUUCUCCAUGUCAAUGAACGUCCUGUUUGCGUUCGCUGCGGGAUUUACUGUCGCGAACUUGUACUACAGCCACCCUAUUCUGAACAUCUUAGCGCAUGAUUUUGGAGUCAAGUAUGAGAAGGUGGCGCAGAUUCCGACGGUCAUGCAGGCUGGGUACGCGGCGGGGUUGUUGUUCUUGUGUCCGUUGGGGGAUCUGUUUCCGAGGAGGCCCUUUGUGGUGGGUUUGGUUGGGGUCACUGCUUUGCUUUGGCUCGGUCUCUGCAUAACCUCCAACCUCUCCGUCUUCACAGCGCUCUCCUUCCUCGUCUCUAUCACAACCGUCACGCCCCAACUCAUGCUCCCGCUCGUCGGCGACCUAGCCCCGCCACACCGCCGCGCAGCCGCCCUCUCCGUCGUUGUCUCCGGCCUCCAACUUGGCAUCCUCAUCGCACGCGUCCUCUCCGGCACCCUGACAAACUUCGUCUCCUGGCGCGCUAUCUACUGGCUAGCCCUCGCGCUCCAAUCCAGCAUUUUCGUCCUGCUUUGGCUGUUCAUGCCGGACUAUCCCUCCACCAAUGCCAACUUCAACUACUUCAAGCUUCUCUGGAGUAUCCUACAGAUGCUGGGCCGCCACCCGGUGCUCGUGCAAGCCUGUAUAGCAGGCUUCUUCACAAGCAGCACAUUCACAAGCUUCUGGACAACCCUAACGUUCCUCCUCGCCGGCGCCCCGUACCACUACAGCUCCCUCGUCAUCGGCCUCUUCGGCCUCAUCGGCAUCGCAGCCAUGUGCUUCGGGCCCUUGUACGCGCGCACAGUCACCGACCGCUUCGUCCCGCACCUCACCGUGCUCGUCGGGCUCUCCUGCUGCCUCCUCGGCAUCUGCCUCGGCACCUACAUCGGCACCUUCAACAUCGCCGGCCCCGUCCUCCAGGCCUUCCUGCUCGACUUCGGCAUGCAGACCGCGCAGAUCGCUAAUCGCAGCUCCAUCUACGCUAUCGAACCUAUGCGCCGCAACGGCGUUAACACCGCGUUCAUGGUCGCGACGUUUUGUGGCCAGUUGAUGGGGACCGCGGCGGGCAAUCAUAUCUACGCAAGAGCUGGCUGGAUCGGGUCGGGCAGCGCAAGUGUGGGGUUCAUUGGGGGCGCGAUAUUGACGAUGGUGGUGAAGGGGCCGUGGGAGAGGGGAUGGGUGGGGUGGAGCGGGGGGUGGAGUUUUAAGAAGAUGGAUAAGGGGAGUGCGGAUGGGAGGACAGCGGAGAGGGCGAUGCAUGUCAGAGAGGAGGAGGUAGGGAGGGACGAAGAGGUAGGGGCGGAAGAGAAAGCGCUGGAGGAGGUGGCAGCUGAGCCAGGAAAUGAAAGUCCUUUGAGGGCGGGGAGCGAGAUAGAGAAGGAGGCAAGCGAGAAGAGUAGGAGUAGUGGGGAGGAUGGGAUCAGACCGGUUAAGGUGUAG